UCCCACUGUCGCGCGGUAGCCUCGGCCACGAGCACCAGAGCCGCGCGCCGCCCCACGCCACCUCCCCCAAGUCCCUGUCCCGCCCAGGCGCGUCACUUCCGCCACCCCUGGUCGGAGGUGGGGCGGGGACCGCGGGGGAGGGGGCCAGGUCUAAGGGAAGCCCGCCCCCGCCCGAACCCGAGCCCGAGCAGGGACUACAUUUCCCGAGGGGCCUCGGCGGCGGCGGCGGCGGCGGCAGCGGCAGCGGCGGCGGGCGCGGCAACGUCCCCCGGAAGUGGAGCCUUGGACUUCCACUCGUGCGUGAGGCGAGCGGAGCCUGAGACGAGACCAGAGGCCGAACUCGGGAUCUGACAAGAUGGCCGGGCUGCCCCGCAGGAUUAUCAAGGAAACCCAGCGUUUGCUGGCGGAACCAGUUCCUGGCAUUAAAGCAGAACCAGAUGAGAGCAACGCCCGUUAUUUUCAUGUGGUUAUUGCUGGCCCCCAAGAUUCCCCCUUUGAGGGAGGGACUUUUAAACUCGAACUAUUCCUUCCAGAAGAAUACCCAAUGGCAGCUCCUAAAGUACGUUUCAUGACCAAAAUUUAUCAUCCUAAUGUAGACAAGUUGGGAAGAAUAUGUUUAGAUAUUUUGAAAGAUAAAUGGUCCCCAGCACUGCAGAUCCGCACAGUUCUGCUAUCCAUCCAGGCUUUGUUAAGUGCUCCCAAUCCAGAUGAUCCAUUAGCAAAUGAUGUAGCGGAGCAGUGGAAGACCAACGAAGCCCAAGCCAUAGAAACAGCUAGAGCAUGGACUAGGCUAUAUGCCAUGAAUAAUAUUUAAAUCGAUCCGAUCAUCAAGUGUGCAUCACUUCUCCUGUUCUGCCAAGAUUCUUCCUUUUUUGUUUGCAUUUAAUGGACACAGUCUUAGAAACAUUACAGAAUAAAAGCCCAGACAUCUUCAGUCCUUUGGUGAUUAAAUGCACAUUAGCAAAUCUAUGUCUUGUCCUGAUUCACUGUUGUAAAGCAUGAGCGGAGGCUAGAAGUAUCAUCUGGAUUGUUGCGAAACGUUUAAAAGCAGUGGCCCCUCUGCUUUUAUUCAUUUCCCCCAUCAUGGUUUAAGUAUAAAGCACUGUGAAUGAAGGUAGUUGUCAGGGUUAGCUGCAGGGGUGUGGGUGUUUUUAUUUUAUUUUACCUUUUAUUUUUGUGGGGGGAGGUAGUUUUAUUUUAAUUUUAUGGGCUCCUUUCCCCCUUUUUAUGGUGAUCUAAUUGCAGCUAACCAGUUCUUUAGAAUAUCCUCUCUAGCCAAGUCUAACUUUAUUUAGACAUUGUAGAUGGACAAGCUUGAUUGUUUGAACCAAAAUGGGAACAUUAAACAAACAUCACAGUCCUCACUAAUAACAUCGUGACUUUGCUGUCAAGUGUAGAUUUCCCCCCCUUCAAAAAAAAGCUUGUGACCAUUUUGUAUGGCUUGUCUGGAAACUUCUGUAAAUCUUAUGUUUUAGUAAAAUAUUUUUUGUUAUUCUA